GCGUGCAUAUGUGCAUGCGUGUGCACGGGGACCCAGACGGAACUACCCCGCCUUAGGGCCGUAGGAGCUCUUCCUCCAAAUGAGAUCGGGUCUCCGGCGAGGAGCGUGCACACACCUCAUGGCCUUAUGACUUAGGCGUAUACAUACUGCCCUCGCGGGCCUAGCUUAACUCUCGCCCGCCCCACCACGGACGCUUGCACACCGCGCAAAGAUGCCGAAUUCGGGUGUUCGACACAAGACCGACAUCAUCGGAGCUCGCCUCGCUGGGCGCCCCCGGAACUCGCGAAGUGCGGGGGCGUGGCCGCAGCUGCGCACUGAGCGCCCCGAGGGAAAAUGGCGGAUGACAAGGACUCCAUGCCAAAGGUGAAAGACCUGGCAUUCCUAAAGAAUCAGCUGGAACAUCUGCAGCGGCGACUAGAGGAGGAGGUCAAGACAGGUGUGGAACAGGAAGGCUCGUUCUUGUCAUCUCCUUUUCUCAAGGGCUUCCUGGCUGGCUAUGUAGUAGCCAAGUUAAGAGCAUCUGCAGUAAUGGGCUUUGCAGUUGGUUUAUGCACCGGCAUCUAUGCAGCACAGUCUUAUGCUGUCCCUAACGUCGAGAAGACCUUGCAGGAUUAUCUCCGAUCCCUUCGGAAGGGACCUGACUAGUCCACCUUCAGCACUCCUCCCUCCAGGUCAUCUUUAGGAGGGCUCUCUUGAGGAAGACUUGGAAUCUGGGUCAUCAUGGAUAGGCAGCACACCUGACUGUAUAGUUAUCAAGGAUAAAGUCAGGCUCUCUUGCCCUA